AUGGGCUCGCUGUGGAUCGAUCACAUUCGUCCGACUAUCUCUACAACCAUAUUUCCAUUUUCCAAACAUCCACCUGUCGCAAUGUCUACCGCCCUCCACACCAUCGACCACAUCUAUCUCCGCGUCCACAACGCCGGCGUCGUCCAUCAAGAGCUCGUCGAAAAAGCCGGCCUGCCCGUCGCCUGGCCCUUUUGCUCCGUCGCCGACGGCCUAGCCAGCGGGGCCGUGUCGCUCGGCAACCUCAUCCUCGAGCUCGUGCAGGUCGACACGGCGUGCACUGCGCUGCCGUUCAUCCCAACCUACGGCGUCGCGCUGGCGCCCGGGUCCACACUGGAGGACAGUCGGGCCUGGGCCGCGGCGCGGGACAUUGAGAUGGAUGCCGACGACAGCUUCUACGGUUCCGGCGAUCAGCUGCUCUGGACACGCGCCGCGCUCCCACAGCUCAGCGGCGACACCCUCGACACCUUCUUCUGCCACUACACGGCCGACCAGUGGCCGCUGCGCGCGGGUGCCGGCGAGCAGCUCGCCCGGAGCGAGGGCGGCCCCCUCGGCAUCACCGGCGUCGAGGCCCUGAUUGUGACAUCGGCCCGCUGCCGCCUGCCGCAGACGGCGGAGACGUGGAGCCGCAUGGCCAUGGACCGCGGGGACAGGGGCGGGCCGGCGGUGCGGGUCGUCGCUGGCGAGGACGAGGGCCUGCAGGGCCUGACGAUUCGUGUGCGGGAUGUCGAGGCGGCUGAGCGCAAGUUCAAGGAGCUGCUGCCUCAUUUUCCAGAUUCGCUGCGGUGGCAGUUCAUCUAG